AUGAAGGGAAAGAAAAAAGAGGUUGUCGCCACGGCCGUUGGAGGCCGUUAUACGACCUCCUGGGCGCACGAGUCAUCCGGCUGGCAGCCGGAUAACCAGUGUUCCGACAUCUACCAACAAAAGAGAUUGACGAUUAAAGGCAAGCCUACUCUCUCAAGCCGAAACAAGCGGGCACGAAUCCGGCAGGUUGAACAGAAGGCCUCUGAUGUCCUUGAUGAGGCCAGUCUAAGCGCCUCUCAGAACAGCACACAGCAGCUCGGGGAUCCCUAUCUCUCCGAGAAGGAUCGGCAACCCGGCUCCAAGCGGUCACACACAACAACACCUUCUAAGAACUCGAUGGUAUGCCUCGGCGAUGGGGACACUGAUGUUACGGCCCACCCAGUUGGGGUACUGGCCGGUGUAACUAUAUAA